AUGUUGAGCAGUUCUACUUUUGGAUCCUAUUCUUGUUGCUGCAGUGGCCAUCGAUCGGCAACAACUGAAGCGACAGCAACAACAAUGACAACGGCAUCAAACAAAGCAACAACAACAACGACAGCGGCAACAACUGAAACGACAACAACAACAACGGCAACGGCAACAAUUAAA